CGAGGUUGGAGGAAGAAAAAGAUGAAUUUCCCUUUACACUGAAGGUAUCUUAAUGCAGUUUGCAGACGGCCUUGAACUCAUUGGAUUAAGAGAAGUUUCUACACGAAGGAAUUGUAAGAUGUUGUCGAAUAGAAGUUGGUAAUAUGGAAUGAGGUUUAGGUGGUGAUCAAAUGGAGCGAAAAUCAAAAAGAACUAAAAAAGAUUUGUUAACCUUUGACCUGUGGUGUUAAAGGAUGCAGCAGAUAGAACCACCUGUGUAUUAUGUCAAGGGUGAUCUCGAUAGUCCGGGUAACGUUAGCGUCGGACAGAGAUCACUCGGUGUCGAAAGUUCCGUCAGUGGAUACUCGGUGAGUAGCAGUAAACCAUUUCUACGUGGGAAAACAGAAAAAGCAGAAUGUGUUCAGUGUCGUCUGGAAGCAGAUGGACUCGACACAGAUGAAAGUCGACUAUGUGGUAUCGGACACCUCCGACCCAGAUGUAUUCAGAAAUGUGCCAAUAUUCGAGUGUUUGUUGCAUGUAUGUCUUUAUUACUGAUCGUAACCGGAGCAUUAUCUACGGGAUAUUUAAAUAGCGUUAUUACGACAAUAGAGAAACGAUUUGAGAUCGGGAGUGCUGUAUCUGGUAUUGUGAUAGCUUCGUAUGAAACAGGUUCUCUUAUUUCUGUGAUUUUUGUCAGUUAUUUAGGCGGUAGAAGACACAUCCCGAAAUGGAUAGCAUACGGGGUGAUUACCAUGGGAAUUGGAGCUUUUAUCUUUGCUCUCCCUCAUAUCAUCGCUCCAAAAUACACCAUUGACAAUCAAAAGGGUCAUAAUUUUACGGAUAUAAAUAUUUGUCGCGGAGGACCAGGAAAAGAUAAAUCAGGACUAUAUGAAGUAUGCAUUAAUGAAAAUUCUGGCAAUUGGAUUUAUGUGUUAAUAUUGGUAGCAGCUCAAGUGUUCAUUGGAGUUGGUGGUACACCCAUACUUACCCUGGGUACAACCUAUAUUGAUAAUCAUGUUACAAAGGACCAAGCACCACAGUAUUUAGCUGUAAUUUAUGCCACAGGAGCCUUGGGACCAGUCAUUGGAUAUGCAUUAGGUGCUCUCAUGUUACAAUAUUAUGUCGACACGUUUACGUAUGACGUUCCGAUCACCUCGUCUCAUCCCCGGUGGAUUGGAGCUUGGUGGGGUGGUUUUAUCAUCUGCGGUUUUGUAAUCUUAAUGUUGUCAAUACCUUUCAUCGCUUUUCCCAAAGUUUUGGUGAACGAGAAACGCAAAUUGCUGGAACACAAAGCCAAAGAAGAUUUACUAAGUUCAAACUGCCAAGAAGAAAAUAACCAAUAUGGAAAAACUAUAAAAGAUAUUCCUCGUUCUAUAUUAAGAUUACUGAAGAAUCCUGUAUAUAUUAUCACCAGUUUGGGUAUUUGCUGUGAAAUUGCCAUCGUCAGUGGUUUCGUUGUUUUCCUACCAAAAUAUAUUGAAACACAGUUUGGAACAUCUACAUCAGUUGCUAAUUUAUUUACAGGAGGAAUAGGUAUACCUGGUGCUGUCGUUGGUAUUCUUAUAGGAGGAUAUAUAUUAAAACGAUUUCAGUUACGUCCAAAAGGUGCAAUUCAGCUAGCUCUGGCAUUAAAUGUACUAGCAUUAUUUGGUUUUACCUUCUUUUUCUUCUUGGGUUGUGAAAACCUUAAAAUAGCCGGUGCUACAUUACCUUAUUUUAACAGCUCUGGUCAUAAAAUAUUUGAAGCUAAUUUAACUUCAACAUGUAAUGAGAAUUGUGACUGUUCAAAUACUGUGUUAGAGCCUAUCUGUGGUAUAAAUGGUAUAACAUACUUCUCACCAUGUCAUGCUGGCUGUACCGGAUCAUUUGGUUUCAUGUCACCAGAAUCACAGGAACGCAUGUUUAACUAUAGUGGAUGUGCCUGUAUUAUGGGUCAAAACAUGCUUAAAGAUGGACAUGAAGUAAUUAUGUCACCGAUAGCAACCAGUGGACCAUGUAAAACUUCCUGUGAAAAUCUGUUGCCUUUUCUCAUCAUGUUGGUUGUUAUGACAUUUUGUGUGGCCGGUGCUCAGAUGCCAUUGCUAAUGGUUACACUGAGGUCAGUAAAACAAGAAGAAAGAGCUUUUUCAUUGGGGAUGCAAUUUGUUAUUCUACGCUUAUUUGCAUAUGUGCCAACGCCAAUAAUGUUUGGUAAUAUCAUAGAUACAGCCUGUUUAUUAUGGAAGAAAAAAUGUGAAAGAAAUGGUGCAUGUUUAUUGUAUGACCGAGUAGCUUUCAGAUAUAAAUAUGUUGGUAUGGCAGCUGUGUUAAAAGUUGUAGGAUUACUAUUUUUCUUAACGGUGUGGUUGAUCUUACAGAAAAAAAAUAAAUCAGAAAAUAUGCAAUCCAAUUUAACGGUUGGACAAAUGAUGAAUUCUGUGACGUCCAUAGAUAAGUUGGAUCUAGAUUACCAACAGAGACACAAACGGAACAAUUCACAACAUAUUUAUACAAAAACACAACAAGUGCCCGAAGCAGACGAGACAGACAUCAUGAUACAAAGUGACAAAUUUAUCGGCACAGCACAGAGCUCUUGAUACAGAAUUAGAAUGAUGUUUUGCCAUGUUGCAUGCUUGUUAAAACAUAUUGUUUAUUGUUAGUCUAUAUAUAUAUAAAUAUAGAUAUGUUAUAAUACAUGUAACAAGGUACCAGGAUACUGUAAUACUAUGAAUAUUGGUAUAAUGCUUAUAUUACACAAUUUUCAAGUAAACAAAGUGUUCCCCAAAAUUAAUGGUGUGGGAAGGACAAAUUUAUAUUGAGUAUUCUAUUACAUAAUUUAUAUGGAAUAACAUAUUCUCAUGUUUGAUUUUGCAAGAAAGCAAAAGAAAACACAACGGUUUUAACAUUAAAUGUAACUAUCUAGUCAGGACAACCAUGUUAAGAUUAAUUGUGACUAUCUAGUCAGGGCAACCGUUAUAAGAUUAAAUGUAACUAUCUACAUGUAGUAAGGACAACCGUUUUAAGAAUAAAUGUGAGUUGCUAGUCUGGACUCUCUGUCUGAAAUCAUGACUGUCGUGUUCACAAUCAGAACAGCAAGUCAAGAAAUUUAUUUAUUUUUGUACACCUGCAGUGAACUGUGGCCAUGUAUUGCCGCCAUCCCUGUGCAUAGACAAAGUUAUCAUUCAAUCUUUUUGAAAUUAUUCUUUAUUCAAAUUAGUGAAUUUAAUGAAGAAUCCUAUCAAAUUUCAACAAUUACUUUUUAAGUUAAGGCCCUAGUUUCACUUUGUAGAAUCUUGUGAAUGCACUUAUUCAAGAAAGUUAUCAUCCAGUCUGUUUGAAUUUCAACAAUUUCUGUUAAUGGAGCUAUGGCUUUAUAGAAUCUAACAACAUUUAUGGUCAUUGUUCAAAUUAGUGAAACAAAGAAGGAUAGUGAAUUUCAACUAUUUCUGCAGAGCCUAUACAGGAGGGAGCCAAGGAGAGAGCCUAUACAUUUAAUAGAGUAAAUUUUCUUCAGAAAUGGCCUCUGAUGCACUCCCCUAGUUAUGGCCCUUUUUUACCUAAAGAUUCACAAUUUGACAAACUUUGUCAAGUGCCCGGACAACUUAGCUGCCUUUAAUGGACAUGGUUUGUGGCCUAACAACCUAUCUUUUAUGUCUGAAUUGAAUUAUUUUUCAUAGUAACUGUUCAAAUCAGACAUAAGUUAUUUUGAACUGGAUCAAACUCUGCAUGAAAUAAGUUACGAAUACAAAACUUAAAUCGCAUUGUUGUCAUCCUUUCAGAAAAUUGCAUAAUUUUGUUUAUCAUCUUUAAGGUAUGAAGUGAAUUUUCCCUGAAAUAAAAUGAGAUAUCAAGAGCUUAAAAUCAAAAUUUAAUUUAAAUCUAGUCCAACAUAUUUUUAUGUGAUAACCCUAAUUAUUUUAAAGCUAAGAGCGUGAUGACCUUCGGUUGAAUGAAUUUACCUGCUGCAUGGGUUGAGAGCAAACUAGUCCAACUUCUUUUCAUUUCUUUUUGUUACUUUAAACUGCAGUACACUUCAUAUAUUUUAAACCAACAAAGUUUUGAAAUAAGAGCAAAAUGAAGGCCAAAUUGAGUGAGUUUUAUACUGUUCCCUAGGCUUUCGUCAAGCUCAUUCAGCUGCAUUUUAAAAGAAUAAAAGCAAUCAAUUGAGUUGCAUGUAAUCUGAACUUUAAUUGGUAUUAACUGUUCACCUGAAGGUUAAUCUGGCUGAUGUAUCUUUUAAGUAGUAAUACUAGUAUGUACCCUAUAAUUCAUAACCAUAUCACAUAAAUGUACUUGUACACAUAAACACAUAUCUUACCCAAAGUCCGUAUCUAUUUAAUGUAUUUAUACUAAAUAUAUAUGUAUCCACUAUGUUUUAUUUCAAUACAAAAACUACGCAAUUGUAAUUGUAGGUAAGUCCAUAUUUAUUUAAUGUAUAAUACAUAUGUAUUUAUUCACCGUAUAUUUUAUUUCAAUAAAAAACUACGCAAUUCUAUGUAUAUAUAAACUUUUUAUAACCGUGAACCAAAACAAUCUGUAAUGUAUGCAAACAUUGACAUAAUAUAGCUAUUUCUCAUAAGCAUUAUUCUCUGAUUUUGUAAAACCCGAUCAGAUCAGAUCAAAUCGGUAGAAUGGUUUGUUGUAACAAACUGACUGUUAAUUUAGUUUUAACAGUUCAUGGCUGUAUUUUUACUGAUUAACAAGAUAUAUUUGUGAUAAUGUUGGAUUUAAGAAAAGAAUAAUUAUUCAACAGCGGUAAAGAGUAAAUAAUAUAUAAAAAAAAAAAUGGUGGAUGUUAAUUACUGAAACAACAAAUGUAUAUUGACUGCUAGCUAUGGUUUAUUUACCUCUAAUGCUGAAGAUAAUGAAAAAAAUUAUUGUUAUUUAAAAAGAUUUUAUUUGGAAAAUAUAUGAAUGUUAAUCUUAGAUUAAGAUUGAAUGACACAAAAUAAAACAUUUGAUUUUGGAAUUUCCAUGACAAAGGUCUAAGAGUUUAUUUAUAAUUUUGUAAGUUACUCGUCAUAUGGAAGAUAUCAAAUCUGUCUCAUAGUGAACAAUAUUAGUUUGCAUGGAUCUUCCUAUAAUAGGUUAUUGCACUUGUUCUAUUAAGAAAAUGUUAAUGGUUCUGUUAGAAAUGGAAGUAAAAUGUUUUGACUUAAAAUCGUAUCUUAUUCAUUUCUGUAAAGAUUCCUCAAAAUUGGCUUGGAUCUUGUAUACAUGAUGAUUAAGAUACAGAUGUGUUCUAUUUAUGUGAUAUUUGUAAAAAUGUUAAGAAUUAUAUUAAAAAAGUUAUGAAUUAUAUUUAAAAGUUUAUGAGUUAUUAUCAGGGGAUUUUUUUUCUUUUUAUAUUUUUUAUUGUAAUGUAAAACAUGCUAAGAUCAGUUGCCUUAUACAUUUAUGAAUAUCUUUGGUUCAAACAGAUUUGACUCGUACUGUAUCAGAUGUGAGAAGCUGUAAGCCCACAUUUUACAUGCUUCAUGUUGUAUUUAAGAUUAGCAAUCAUCUAUUAAGAGAGCAAGGAGACGGUGCAAUUUUACAGUCCUUCAACCUCCACUAAGUACAUGGGCGACAUUCAAGUUACACAUAAUUUCAAAACCCUGAAGCCAUUUAUUUCAUUGUGAAAUUAACAAAGCUAAUAUUUUUACUGUGUAUGUCAGGUGAAAAUGAUCAGAUACUGGUUUAUGUUUGUUAAGAAUCAUAAUUAUUGAUUAGCUGAUCAUCACCUGUUACAGCACAACACAGAGCAUCUAGAAUGGAGGCAUACAUUUUGAAAAUAUAUUUACUGUGAAAUAAUUUGUUGUGUUAAAUACCCUCAUAAUUGCACCGUCAAACCCUUAAUUUUUAUUCCACACCAAAAAUCUUUUAUCAAACUUCAUAUUGUACAUCAGAUCUAUUAAUAAUUGUAUAUUUGUAUAUAAAUAGGUUUUUUUUUUCUGUCUGUAUUUGGUAUCUCAGAUAAUGCAUUUUAUAGAAGAAUAUUCUUAAUAUUUGAAAAGAAACGUUUCUCUUAUCCUUGGAUGUCCUUGUUACUAUAGAAGUGUUGAUGUGGCCUCACAAAGCCCUUGGUUAUCAUAGCAUUUACCUUGGCAUGCCAUUGCUAUAAAAGUUGUGACCAUGACACACCAUAGAUUUUCUGCGAUACCACUUUAGUGGAAGCGGACGUUAAAUAAAUCUAUUUGACACACACACCAUUCACCAUUGUUUUAACCUUAAAAUACCAUAGCUUUGACCUUGAUUACCAUAGCUUGGACCUUGAUAUACCACGGUUACCAUAGCUUUGGCCAUGUUAUACCACUUUUGGCACCUUUGCUUGACACUUUGAAAACAGUAUCAGAAUUUUUAUACUUACCAAAGAAAUAUAUUUGUCAGAAUGCUUCCUUUGUGAAUAUUUCAAGCUUCCGUACCUACUGUGCCAUGUACAUUGCUUUUAAUAUAUAUCUUGAUGAAGUUAAUUCAUUUGUGUAUCAAUUAAAAUACUGAUCUUUAAAUGUUAUGGAUUUUUUGAAAAAAAAAUAAUCAAAUUUUGAAUAAUGUUAUUAAACACCACCAACAGUGCUUAGACAUUAAGGUGCAUUUAAAAACCCUUAAGGUAAUUGGUUAAGGGGGGAAGAGGGGUGAAAUCUAUAAUAUUUUAUCAGUAUUUUAGAAAGAUCAAUUGAAAUUGAAUUUACUUAUUGUAAAAAUGUUUUCUUUUUCCAUCUUUCAUAUCUUAACACCAAAAUUAUUAAUUUUCUUUUUUUGUAACCAUAUAGAAACCUAAAGUGCUUUAUUUUAUAGAAUAGCUAUAUUUUAGAUAUAUACACAUUUCUGUUCUUCUUUUUAUUUCUUAAAAAAAAAUAUAAGUAGAUAAUUUUAUAUGCAACGCUGGUCUUUGCCUCUCUAGGUAGGAAAUAGUCCAAUUGUAUAAGUAUUCUUCUCUAGAAAACCAGAAGAACUCGGUGAUUGCUCUUUACUUCCUAUGGCCAUAUAUGAACCUACAAUUAUAUUUCAAUUAAAUGAACAAAGUUACUACCAUAUUUGUCCAGAUGCACCUUCAUAUGCAUAUAAAUGUGAGUUGCAUGUCUUCUGUAAAGGACCAUACAUAAAUUAACAAUACUUGUGUUUUUCUAAACCUAGUAUAUUCAAAUAGAGCAGAAUAUUUGAGAAAACAAUAGACUGCUAGUUUUUUAUUGACUAGUACAGAGAUUUAAAGUCUCUGAUAGUAAAUUAAAUGAUUUAACAAAACCAUACCCGAGAUAACCUUGUUAUUACUCAGUAUAUAAAAGGAAUUUAUAUAUAUUUUUAUUAUUCAUAUAGACAAUCUUUGUACAUGCUUAUAAAUUUGUGAUUUCAUAUCAAAACCACACACAUUUAUAAAUAUGACUACUUUAUACUCACAGCUUGCUUGAUUUUAAAUACUCAAUAUAUAUUUCUGUCAAAUAUUUUGUUUUGCAAAUUUUAUUUUACUUUUUUUUUUGUUGCAAUGUUUUCUUUUUGCUUUCUUGACAAAAACCAUGCUACAUAAUAUAUAACAUGCAUUAUGACUUCUAAGAUAGUUUAAAUAAUUGUUAAGAGCAGCAUGGUUUCGACAAGAUUUUAAUUAAAGCUGAACUCCAAUUACAAAACUACAGAAAUAAUUAAAUAAAAAAAGUUAUCACUCUAAACAGUCGCCAUACUUGUUUUCAAUUCGUAGAACAAAUAUGGCGAAUGGUGAUGGCGUAUAAAAACAAAGGCAGGUCACACCCACAUCCAGUAUUUACCUUGUGUUUCUAGGUUGUUGUGCAAAACAUUUCAAAAAAUAAGAAUGGGUUGGCAUGGGUAUUGUUUGGAGCAAGACAGUUUUUGCUUAGUUCAUCUAAUUAGUAAAAUAAUAUGUGCCUGAGUGAUCAGACAUAAUAAUUGUGUAUCAAUAAUAUUUUCAGUAAGCUGAUAGUGGAAAAAAACUCAACCAGUCGAGCGUGUGGUAGUUGAAAUACAGCUAGCCGGAUGUGGACACUGUGCUUGACAGGGCAUAUAAUAGAUGUAGGCGUAGUCUGCCUAUCUUCUUAUACCCGUCAUCAGUCGCCAUGUUUGUUCUGCAAAUUGAAAACAAGUAUGGCGACUGUUUAGGGGGUUUUCUUUUUUUUAUUUAAUUAUUUCCAUAGUUUUGUAAUCAAGAGUUCAGCUUUAAUACCACUGGUGCUACAAUAAACUGAUUCCCAUUCUAACUGUGUAAUUUAGUGCACAAACUUUGUCUGCUUACUCCUUCUAGAACACCUACGACCACUUCUCAUUUGAGGAGUUCACGCAGGUAACAAAAUGAAAUGAAAUGGGGUUUAAUGUCCUACUGUUCUGCACAGGUAACAAACUUUUAUUGUAUUUUAUAUGUACAUGUAUAGUAACAAUAGGAUUCAUUUUAUUAUACGCCUACCAGUGGUUUUUGCUGAUAUACAUAUAUUAUCUUCAGUGUGGUGUAUUUGACUCAUAGCAUGAGUACAAAAUUAUAUUGAAAUUUGUUAUUACUCAGGCCAAGUUAUAUAUAUAUAUAUAUCUUAUGUUGUCAAGGUACCUGCAUUUAAUAUUAAAUUUUACCUCAAAUUUCACAAUUUAAUAGUUUAAUUAAACAGUUAACUUUCAGUGAAAAAUUAAGUUUUUUGCAUAGUAUAAGAAUAUAUUUGUUACCCUUAAUACAUUCAAAUUAAUGAACAAAACUAGAUUUUACAAAAUACAGAUUAAAGAACAGUCUUGUUCUCAAAAAAGAAAGAUUAAAAUUUGAGGUGGAAAAGUAGUGAAAUGAAGGUACUUGACAUAUGACUAUUACAAGAAAAUAUUAUAAUCACAAAUUCUAUGUCUGUUAUUGGAUUUUGUUUUGUUUUUAUUUGUGAAAUGCUAUUAUAACUGUUCACUCUAUGAUGACCUUUUUCAUACUUUAUACAGCAUUAAAAUGAAGUCGAUGUAGUUUCAAAAGGGGAAUUUAAAUCUAUGUUUUAUAAAAGGAAAUUGUUGAUCUAUUCAAUGAAUUUAAAGAGGCAUUAUCAGUCUCACCAAAAAAAUAAAUGUGCCGUAAUAUUAAACAUACAUUAUGCAAGAGCUAAAUCUGUCUAUUGCAGGUCUUUUUCUAGGCCUGAAAUGUUAUAUAAACUAUUAAUUAGACAUUUAUUAACAAAACAAGACCAUAAUCAAUUCUCGAUGCCAUCGGAUACUCGAGAUUCUAACUAGAUUAGAACGGUUCGCCAUUUAAAAAUUUAAUUUAAAAAUGUUAGAGAGCGGGGCUAUGUCUUGAAUAUACCAGUGCCCUGGUUACCACUAUGCAUACAUCUUGUCAAAACUACAAACAGUGAUAACUUGGCUCAGAAUGAAGUAAUUUGAAUGAAGUUUUCAAUAUUUUCAUUUUACAUUAUCUAUGUUUAUGCUUUUAUAGAAAGAAUGGUCAGCUCUUUAUCUAAAUCUUACAUAAUGUAUCUUUAAUGUCAUAUUAAACACUCUUAAUUCCUGAAAAUCCCAGCUCUGGCAUACAAUCUAACUGGAGUAUGCAUGAUGUAGAUCUAACUGUAAUCUAAUUAAAAUAAGAUUACAAUUUGGUUUCUUUCUGAUAUGUUUACCAAUACAGGUAAUUUGAUUGGGUGAUACAUUCACAUGUUCUGAACACACACUUCAAAGAAAAUAUGUGGGUUGUCAAUAUCAGAAAUAAAACAGAAGCAUAUUUUUUAAUGAUUUUAAUAUUAGAUUUUAAUGAAAUUGUCCUAACUGAAUAAACAAAAUUCAUUUUAACCAAAUGAUCAAGACCUCAAAAGCAACAAUAACGCCCCUUUAAGUUAAAAUAUGAAUAAUUAGAUGCAUACAAAAUAUGCAUGCUUAAAUUGUUUAAAAACUUAACAAAUAUUUCAGUUAAUUGUCCAUUCGAUUUGAAACAAAGAUUUACAAAAUAUAAAUGUCAAAAAUUGUUUUUCUUGAAUAUAUGUUAGAUAUAAUUAUUUUUCAUAUCAAAUUUGUCCAUUAAAAUUAUAUGUUGUUCUUUGUUAAGAUGAAACAAAAAUUUAUCAGAAUAAAAUUAUAUAUUA